UCUACUCUACACCAAACAGCAGUAGAUUCCAUUUAUUCUCAUCGUCUCCCUGCUUGUGCUUGUUUCUCUAAAUAUUCACUUUAAUUUCUUCGACUAAACCAUAAAAAUCUAAAAGCAAUACUCGGAUUCACAAAAAAAAAAAAAAAGAUGACAGAAGCUGUGAUUAGGAACAAGCCAGGGAUGGCCAGUGUGAAGGACAUGCCGUUCCUUCAAGACGGCCCUCCUCCAGGUGGCUUCCCGCCGGUCAGAUAUGCUCGGAGGAUCCCCAGCAAAGGACCCAGUGCUAUGGCUAUCUUUCUUGCUGCUUUUGGUGCUUUCUCUUAUGGCAUGUAUCAAGUGGGUCAGGGCAAUAAGAUCCGCAGGGCACUCAAGGAAGAGAAGUAUGCUGCCCGCAGAGCAAUAUUACCUGUUCUUCAAGCUGAAGAAGAUGAAAGGUUCGUCAAGGAGUGGAAGAAGUAUCUCGAGUAUGAAGCAGAAGUAAUGAAAGAUGUGCCGGGUUGGAAAGUUGGUGAGAAUGUCUAUAAUUCUGGGAAAUGGAUGCCCCCAGCAAGUGGUGAGCUGCGCCCAGAAGUCUGGUGAUACUGCUUUGUUGGUCUGCACAUUUAAUUGUCAUGAGUCUUUAUUUUGAUCCAAGUUUCUUUUGUGACUUGGUGUUGUCUCCUUUCUCAUGAAAUAAAAAUUUUAGCCGACAAACUCUUUACAUGCACUGGAAUACUUGCAUCAAAAGCGUCUUAUUUCUCUACUUGGCAUCAUCUCCCAAUUAUGCAAAAAUUGCAUAAGAUUAGAGGAUCAUUUUCUUAGUGCUGACAUUUUGGCAGUAAAUGCAUCUCAGUUGUUGCUUUGGGGCUAGGCAUCACUUGCCUAUUUGAUAAUUGUUGUUUGAUAUGUACUGCUCCAUGGCCUUUGCGGUUCAGUUAAUAAUUACUCUGUUUUCUGUGCUUGUUGAAAUCACAAUAAACUAUGACCUAGUUAUCAUCCUUUGCAUUGGAGAAUA